AGGCCGGAACUAGCUGGAGUCCUCACAGCUCAGAGGAGGUUCAAGCGUCUCAGCCGUCUGUCAUCCAAACGCCCGCAACAGCUAUGUCUGACUUCUCAGAGGACCAGAUCAUGGAGUUCAAGGAGGCCUUCCUUUUGUUUGACCGGACAGGUGAGGGGAAGAUCACCUACAGCCAGUGUGGUGACGUGAUGCGGGCCCUGGGGCAGAACCCGGUCAAUGCUGAGGUGCUCAAAGUCCUGGGAAACCCCAAGUUAGAAGAAAUGAACCACAAGAUGCUGGAUUUUGAACAGUUCCUUCCCAUGCUUCAGGCCAUUGCUAAGAACAAGGACCAGGGCUCCUUCGAAGAUAUCGUAGAAGGCCUACGUGUCUUUGACAAGGAGGGAAAUGGCACUGUGAUGGGAGCAGAGCUGCGUCAUGUCCUCACCACACUAGGUGAGAAAAUGACAGAAGAAGAGGUGGAGACUCUUUUAGCAGGACACGAAGACGCCAAUGGCUGCAUUAACUAUGAAGCUUUUGUUCAUCACAUCAUCUCUGGUUGAGCAGAGGAACUCGUCCGGAUGGUGAUGAGCGGUUGAGGGUUCCACAAACACGCUUCCAGCUUUAAUUUUAUUCCUGAAUAUUUUUUGUGUUGCUUGUUUUGUUUUGCCCUUCCAUCCAUGUCAUCCUACCUCCGACAAGUCUGUGUUUUGUUACUGUAUACCUGCUUUUUUUCUUUUUUCUUUUUUUUUUAAAAGUGCCUUUUCUGUCUAAUGUGAAGAGACCUUUUCAUCUCAUUUUCCAAACAUUAUUCAACCUCGCAGGCACAAUCAGCUGUAGUUUCCCCCCCUGUCAGUCAAACCCUGUCAGUCUUGUUGUCAACAGUAUUUUUUUUUUCUUUUGGAUGGAUAUGAUAAUGUGACAUGUUACACUGAAUAAUAUUGAAUAAAAAUCAUGGUUUACAAAGUGUCA